AAAAUACAACGUUAGCUGUUAAGUUUUCUUUCCGGGUCCAUCACCGCGACUUCCGUGUUGUGAACAAGGUUUUAGCCAGUCGGCUACAACAGGGCCUAGUGUGAUAGCGGUGCAGUUUUGAAAACAGCAAGCAAACAAGAGGAUCGUCGUCAACGCAGCGCCCUGAAGUCUUUGUAGUCCAGUAGUCGGAUUUUGAGAUCACACGCAGGUCACACUCGAUGGGCCAGCUGUUAACAUCCUUUGGGCCUGUACGUGUAACAUCAGUCCGCAAUGGCCAGUCAUUUCCGUAGCUACAUCUGGGACCCGGUCCUUAUUGUGUGUCAGAUUGUGUUGAUGCAGUGCAUCUACUACAGCUUCUUGGGCCUAUGGUUGGCUGGAGUGGACAGUCUGGUGCAAACUAGUCGGUCACUGGAUCAGAUCUUCAGCUACGAAGCGCUUGGCUUUGCAACAAUGCAAGGGAGGCUUUCGAUGAUGGCAUUCAUCUUGAACUCUCUCACCUGCGCCCUUGGUCUGUGGUUCUUCAUCCGUCGAGGGAAACAGUGCCUGGACUUCACGGUCACUGUGCACUUCUUCCACAUGAUCGGCUGCUGGAUCUAUAAUUCUCACCUUCCAGCUGCCCUGUCCUGGUGGCUCGUCAACGUAGCCUGCAUGGCCUUGAUGGCUGUAAUCGGAGAGUACUUGUGCAUGCGGACUGAGCUCAGGGCCAUUCCAGUCAAUAGCGGGCCUAAGUCUAACCUGUGAAUUUUUAUUGACACCACGCUGAAAAUCUGUGGACAGUUAAUCCUCGAGGAACUUGCUCAGAGGAGGGUUUUUCCACUGUUGGUAAAGGAAAUGGAACAUGAACCUCCAUCAGCGUAUAAAUUGUCAGGAGAUUGUCAUGCAUCUCCUCUUAAAGUGAUACAUCAGAUGAACUGAUCUAUUUAUUCAUAGCUGUCCUUUAAAUGUUGGACAGUUUAACUGUUAACUGUAGCGUAUUAAGAUACAUAUUGUAAUGCUUAUGAAAGCAGACGCCAGUUUACACCCUUCUCUGAAACUAUCAACUAUAGAUGGAAUUUUUCUUCUCAGUAAUUCAUUUUUUCAUGUUAAAAUUCAGUACAUAAGCAUGAGUGUCCCAUUCCCUCAUUUUAAAACAUUUUAAGAUUUACACUGUUUUUUUUUUUUUUUCCACCCAUAGAAUAUAACAAAUUGAAACCUAAGAGCAAAACAGGGAGGGCAACAAAUGUCAAUACCAGACUUUUUUUUGUGUCUUUCUGUGCAUUGUGUUGAGUUUUGGCAAACAAACAUCAUGACCAUCAUGUUACAGGAUUUCUUGGUGUAACAAUUUAAAAUGUUCCAGUUACACCUAUCAGCAAUUUAGAGAUGCCAGUGUGCAAAGUUAUCUACCGCAGUUUUUAGUCAUUAACUGUGUAAACCCAAAUGUAGGAGGGAGUUUUCUGCUUUAUAAUCUCAACACACAACCUGUCAGAAGCAUAAAAUCAGGCUUAUUUUUACCUCUCGGGAUAAGGCUUGUACAUUCAGUCUCCUACUGCUCGUUAUAGGCCUCCCUUGUCAAGCUUGUACAGCAUUUUGCACGGGUAGUGUUUUUCGUUUCCCUUUCUUUGUCAUGAUGAUGCAGACAAGGUGGCCACUUUGGGGACAGUUAGUCAGCCACCAGCUUUGUUUCCAAAAACACUGUCACUGUUUGUGGGGACAUGACGUGAAAAGAACUGACGUGUGCAGCACUGAUGGUUUCUGGAGCAAUGUCAGCUUUAUCCUUUAGUGACGGCUUUUAAUAACCUGUCUAAAUUAACCGCUUAUUAUUACAGCUCCUGUAACACAUGCUCAUAUACAGUAUCUUUUCAUUCUGUGCGGUGAUAGUGUGGACUAUGCAGUGUCUUGUUUUGAAAUCAGGUUUCUAAAGUGUAGUAUAAGUACAUCAUUAUGGUGCAUGAGUUGAUAUUUAAAGGACUAGUUGACAUUUUGGAAUAUACAGUACAGUAAAUGUGAAGCUGGUUAGCUUAGCUUAGCUCAAACACUGGAAACAGUAGGAAACAGCUAGCCUGGCUCUAUGCAAAGGUAAACAAAAUCCCCCUACCAGCACCGCUAAAGCUCACUGUGUAACAUUCUCCUUGGUGUAAUCCGCACAAAAACUGAGGUGUAAAAAUGUCAAGUCACAACUUAUUGUUUUGACACAUUGAUUUUUGUACAAAUUAAACAGAUGAUAUAUAAUGUGAUAAUGGAUUAGCUUUAGAGUUUCUGUUUUCAGUCAUUGUACUAAGGGAAACUAAUCACCUGCUGGUUUUAUCUUCGUAUUUGACGUACAGACAUGAGAGCAGUAUCAAUGGUUUCUAACGCUAGGCAAGAAUAAGCAAAUAAGCUUAUUUUUUAGAAUGUCAAACUAUUCCUUUAAGUUAGCUUCAAACUCCUGUCUAUUCUUUCUAAGCCAGUGUCAUUAUUGAUUAUUUCUAACAAUGGCUGCGCUAAAAGUUUUCAAAUGCAAUGCCCCCUUUUUGUUCUUUAACAUUACUUUAGUUUUUUAAUAAUGUAUUUAAAUACAAAGAACUUUGACAGAUGGACAUAUUCAUGUUAUUAUAUUCUCUGACUUGUUUCUACUGCAGAAACUUAACAGUCAAAGUGUACAUAUAUUUGUUUUCCUCUCUGAAGAUUUAAAUGUUGGGUGUUAGUGCCAGCAUUGAGAACUUUUGGUACAAUGCCAAGUCCUUCUGUGGAUAUGCUGUUAAAAUAAAACGCUACCAGUUCGGAUUGAUGGGGGGAAAAAAAGGGAAGAUCUCAGUUAGGAAACUGUAGGUGAAAAAAUAAUUGGCCAUUAUGCUUCAGAUGUCAGAGAGAUCUUCUAAUGAGGGCCGCACCACAAACGUGUCUGUGGUUCUCCUAAGGUUUUCCACCCUGGGCCCUAAUCUGUCAUUUUCUCUCACCACUGCCUCUGCUGGAAGUGUCCAGGUGGAAGGAAGCAGAUGGGCGAGUACUAACGAGUAGAAAAACGCUGGUUGCGAUCCUCAUUACCAACACUUUGCUUCAGGGAGGACUAAAAACAGAAACUCGGUACUAAAUGAGUUGUACAGCAGAGGACUUACUGCAUCGAUUAAAUGCUCCACUAUUUUA